AUGUCCCGACCACUUCUCUAUGACCUCUGGCCAACUGUGAUGGAUCGAAUGGAUCUUGCCAAUAGAAUCCUUCUCUCCGAAAAAUGUCCUGCCCUCCGUAGAACUGAUCAACGAUGCCCGGACGAAGCCGCCAACGUUGAGAUUACAACGCAUAGUGUCAAAAUCAAUAAUACUAGCUUCUAUGUCAAAAAAUAUCAUUCUGGAGAACACAUUGAAGUUUCCAUGAACACUUUCUGCGGACACAGUUUUAAGACGGUGUUCCUUAAAACUACCGUACCUCUACCUGAAGCUCAGAAGAAGCUAAGGUUGGAGUCUCUCGAGCUGGAUUACAAUUUUUCGUUGAGCAAAGGUGCUCCAGCGAAAACCGUAAUCCUCAUUGGACAGGCAUUUGGUAUCGUGGCUUCUAAUAUUCAUAGAAUAUAUGUCAAAUACUGUAUUAUGGAUUCGUCAAAUGUGAUUGAUUUGGUAAAAAGCUGGCAGAUGGUGAAGCCAGAAAUCGGAAGACAUUAUUCAUUGGAACCUCAACGUUCUGACACGGCUAUUGGGUAUUUCAGAGCUGCUCAAAAGUUUCCAGGGGCGCGGAAGAAUUUUAAGCUUGCCAGUGGGAUGUUUCCAUUCGGUCUAUGCUUCCCGAUCAGUCGUGAUAAAAUGCUCAACGUCUACAUGGAAAUUGGCAAAAAUAAGGAUGGAACGGACAAAUAUGUAAUACAUUUCAAAAUUGAUCCAAUUCUGUUGAUUCCUCUUCAAAGAUGCAAAAGCCCAAUAUCCCAGAUGCCCCGACCACUUCUCUAUGACAUCUGGCCAACUGUGAUUGAGCGAAUGGAACUUUCCAAUAGAAUCCUAAUGACCCAAAGAUGUCCAGCACUCCGUAGAACCGACCAUCGAUGCCCGGCUGAAGUACACACCGUUGAGAUCACACCGGAUGUUGUGAAAAUCAACAACACCAGCUUCUACGUCAUAGAAUAUCGAUCUCGAGGACACAUUGAGAUUUUCAAAGACGAUGUGAAUUGUAAGACGGUGAUCCUGAAAACUACCGUACCUGUAGAUAAAGCUAGGGAGAAGCUAUUCAAUACGCUCAUGAAGGGAAGAUCAGGAAUUUUGAAAGUUAAGAAUCUGUCGAUUCUUGGAGAUUUGAAUUUGCCGCCAAAUUUGAGAUUCUGCGUUCGGAACUUCAAGGUUGCAAAACCAGACUAUGACCCUGAAGAAGACUUCCUGGAAAGGGAAAAGAGAACUUUAACCCUCAUGGUGGAUCUCCAGAAGGCUCUAACCGCAGACAGCUUCCCAUUGGAAUCUUUCGAAUACGAUAACAGCUUCACAUUGGUCCCAAAUAUUCCGGCUAAGACAGCAAUCACCAUUACAGAAGCAGUCGGUAUCCACGACUCUGAUAUGCAUAGAAUUCAUGUCAAAUACUGGGAAAUUGAUUGGUGGACUGUGGGGGAGAUAGUGGACAGUUGGCAGAAUUCGAAGCCAGAAAUCGGGAGACAUUAUUCAAUGGAAGUAUACUACCAGAUUGAUACAACGAUCGAAUAUUUCACAUCUGAUGAACAUGAUCCAGAAGUAGAGAGAAAUUUUAAUCUGCCCAACGGGACGUACGAAUAUGGUCUAAUCUUUCCGAUCGAUAAAGAAAAAAAGCUCAACGUCUUGCUGGAACAGAUAACAAAGGAAAAUGGAAUAGAAAUAUAUGUGAUGCAUUUCAAAAUUGAUCAAAAAUCGUAA